AUGUUAACUUUGAAAACAGUAUGCAUAGUCAUAACGGGGAAACGCAAGUGUGGAAAGGACCAUACAGUGAAUGUCAUCUGUUCGGAGUUAAACGCAAAGAGUAUAUCUCAUGUUGUGGUGCAUUUGAGUUAUCCUAUCAAACGGAGUUAUGCGCAACUUCAUGGUCUGGAUUUGAAGGAACUUUUAUCUUCCGGAUCCUACAAGGAGACUUAUCGAAAGGAAAUGGUCCAAUGGAGCGAGGAAGAGAAAAAGAAAGAUCCCCACAUUUUCGUUCGAGAAGCUCUUCAGCAUUUCCUUGAACCGAUUCAUUAUGCCACAGAUGUUGUUCUAGUAGCUGAUGCGCGUCGACCUUGUGAUAUUUCUUUCUUCGUUCACCUUUGGGGUCGACACAAAUGCAUUUUGACACGCGUGAUUGCCUCCGAAGCCACUCGCAAAGCACGUGGUUGGAUAUUCACCAAUGGCAUUGACGAUGCCGAGACAGAAUGCGCAUUGGACGCUUUUUCUGAAUGGGACUGUAUAGUUGAGAAUGAUUCAAACGCGGAAUCUUACCAUCAGAGUAUACUCAAGCUUUUACAGAAUAUCGAAAACCACCGACUUUUAUAA